ACUGUUGCAGAGAUAUAUGACAAUUUAAACACAUCAAAGUGCUUUGCUUUUGUUAUUCAUGUAUGUACUUUUCACACAUAAAAUGAUUUAGUGAUUAAAUCAUGUUGAGGGGUGAAAGAUGAUUUUAUAGGAAAUAUCUAGGGUGGUUGUUUUUGUUUUGUUUUUUGUUGUUGUUUUUUUGGCAAACUCACUUUUGCCUUGCUACUAUAUGUAGAGAACUGUCUUAAGUUGUGGUAUUGCUUUGUUAACAGUAGGAUGUGAACUUGCACAUAGAGUAAAUGGACAGUAAUUAGAUCUGCAAAGCCUUGAGAGUAGUCUAUAGAGUGCAGAAACAUGCACUGAUCCUUUCUCAAUUAACUUUAAUAAUUCCAGAGAGAUGUCAUUACUAUUUGAGGUACUCUUAAGGGCUGAUGCCUCUUUAACACCUCUUUCUCUACUUCUCUCUCUAUCCCUCUAUCUUUCUCUUCAUUCUCUCCUUUCUCUCUGUCUUUGUCUCUCUCUCUCUCUCUCCAUUCUCUCCUUUCUCUUCUCUGCCCCCUCCUCUCUCUCUCAUAAAAUCAGAAUGAUGUGAAAAAUCAAUGUUGAUAGUUAGUCACCUGCUUUAUUUUAAAUACUAGCCUGUUUAUUUUAAAUUCACAGCUGCGAAAUAUAUAGCCCAGCUGUGCACAGAAAUAUCAAACCUCAGCUUAAAUACCUUCAUCAGAACAUUUUUAUGAUAUUGAUAAUUAUGUAUUGCUUUUAUAAAAACAUAGACAAAUAAAAUACUAUGCAUCUAUACAAUAUUGCAAUUGCUACCAUAUCACCUUGGUAACAGUCAAGCUAAUGUUUUGAUAGAAUAUCUUGGUUACUAAUGAAGUAUUGUAGACAAGUGUAUGCCAUCUAUGUCCAAAAUUUCUGUUGGACUGUGCGUAAGUCUGAGAUGUUUUCAGAAGGACAUUUACUCGUGGACAAUUGAGUCAAUGAAGCACAUAUUUCAGGAUGAAUAACCCAUCACCCGCCGUGGACUAGCUUUUGAACUGUACUGAAUAGACAGUAAAUUCCAGUAAUAUAUUUGUUCUUCAUUCCAAUUUCAAUUGUCUUGCUGUAGAGCAUGAGUCUGAAUCUUGGGUUGUAUUUACUUUCCACUAGAACUGGUUGUGUGGGGUGGUUUUUGUUUUGUUUUUUUACCAAUAAAGUAAAAUUUUAAAGAUUUUCAAUUUGAAAAUCAUUAUUGUGUGUAUCCUCUACUUUUCAUUGAUAACGCGUUCUCUGGUAUGAAAUGCAUCAUAUGAUAUGUAUUGAAGCUAGUAAAGGUGUGUGUUUAUUGAUAAAGUCUGUUGCAGACACAUCAAAAGAAUUUUUCCUUUAUUUGUUUUACAUUUUUUUGAGAAUUUUUCAAUCAUAUUGAGACGUCAACAGCUGUAGGUGAAGUGGCACAAAUUGUGACCUAUACAUGUCAGGGCCGUAGGUGAGAGAGGGUUCUUUAUCAUGAUGCCUGCUGCGACAUGGGACCUCGACUUUUAAGGUAUCAUCCGAAAGACCCAAGACUCUUGCUUCUAAAUGAGAAGCAUUUGACAAAGGAGCAGUCACUUGACACUACUUAAUCUUAUGUCUUUAAGUUUGAUGUGGCAAAGGAAUGAGCAAGACUUGAACUCAUGACCUCCUGGUCACGAACCACUACUGAGCCAUCAUUAAUGGUACAUCAAAAGAAAUGUAGAUACUAGUAACUUUAUAACAAAAAGAAACACUACCAGCUUGUUUUUUGGACAUGACUAGUGUGACAUUGUAUUAUAAUUACCAUAUCCCCCCCCCCCUCCCUCCCCCAAUAUACCCCGUUCCUCAGCUAUAAGCCUAUUUCAUUCUGAGAAGAGUCGGCUCUUCUUUUCCUGUCUUAGCUUAACUAAGUAGCAUGCUAUAUCAUCUACUAGAGUUUAUGGAAUUAGAUUCUUUUUUAAUAAUUUUUGCGAAACAGCAACACCCUUAUACCAUAUUAGUUUUCAGAAAGUCUGAUGUACAAUACAUCAUAGCAAUAGAUGACAUCCUUUCAAAAGACAAAGGUAUGAAUAGAUAUCGGACAUACCUUGGCUAUAUGGUUUUAAAAAAUGUGUUGCCUAUCUGGUUAGCUCAAUGGAUUAGGGCAUAAAGCUGCUGAUCUUUAGAUUGUGAAUUCGAGUCCUUUAGGGAUUUGAUUUUUUUUUCUUUCUCUCUAUUGAUUUUUUCAAAAAUUGCAAUUUUACAUUGAAUAAUGUUUAUUUUUAUACUUUAAAUAUUUUCAUACCCCUUACAAACAAAGUUGAAGGGGUUUAAUGAAAUUACCAUGUCUGUCCCACUGUAUUUCUCUGGGGCAUAUACACUUUUUAAAUUACUGUAAAUGGCAGUACGCUAGCGUUUGAUAAUGAAAGUAAGAUACAGUGUUUCAUAAUAACCUUAGCAAUAUCAUAUUGCUAAGGUUAGAAAUUUUUGUCAAAGGCAUUAUUUUUUAAUAGAGAAAUAUUAAAGGCUUAGUGCAAAGGUUUAUGACCAGAUUGUGUCUCUUGGCCCAGAACCAAAUUUGCCCAAUGUCUAGGUCAAUCAUAGCUAAAGUUCGAAAAUUUUGUCAAUACUAUAGCUGUGUAAUGGAAAGACAUUGGCAUGUCAUACUUGGCUUAAAAAUUGCUUCGGACUAGUUAGUGUAUGACCCUGAACAAGGUUAUAGGUUACUGGUAAAAAUAUUUAUCCAGUUCUUAAUUUAGUAAUAGAGAGACAUUAGAAGCUUAUACUGUAAAUGUAUUACAUUUGACUGUGUAUUCUAUUUAGCGCCUUUGGCGGAACGCAGCUUCCACUAAAUCAAGUACAUCGCUAAAUGCCAUCCGUAAAUCUAGAUGUUUAAAGUAAUUAGGAAUGCGCUAAAUCAAAUCUACGCUAACUUGUUGAAAAAACGAUUUCCGCCAAAUAUCGUACACGUCAAAUAUAAUACGUUUACAGUAUUUGGAACGAAGGUUGCUUAUAACCAGAUGAUGCACCCUAAUCCUGAUCCAAGGUUGUGGACAAGGUCAUUGAUAGAAAAGUUUAGUAAAAGAAAUAUCAGAAAUUGGGGAAGGGAGUCGGCCCUUUCAUGCCCCCAUUGCAGCAGGCCUGUUCAAGAUCUAAUAUCCCCUCCUUUACCCCUAAUGUUUUAACUCUUAUAAUGCAUGUUUGAGUAGUGUAUUGGGAAUGCAGAGGUGAGAGGUGUAGGCUGUUUGGUUUUAUUAUGCAGUAUCACAACAGACACAUUAGCUUAUCAUCUUCAUCAUCCAGCCUGUUAAUAAGGGAGUAGUGUACUAAUAAUGAAUAGCCAUUACAUUUACCUACUACACUCCAGGCAUUGUAUGAAGUUCAGUGUCCUAUGUAUUGUUGUGUGCAUUCAUGUGAUCUCAGCAAAAUAUUAAUCUGGCCUAAGACAGCUGUCUCUCACUGUGGAGGUAGAGAUUUGUACAAAAACACUUGUAGAUUGGCAAAAUGCCUGGCAAUAGAGAAGCCUCAUUUCAUUUGAUGUACAGUGAGGGAUAAGAAAUAACAAAGCAAAAAAUAAAGAAACACAGAUUGCAGUAGCUUUAUGGAAAAUGUUUUAUACGCCACAAUAUUUUCAAGCUCAGAUUAUUAUUUUCAUAUUUCAGUAAUCAUGGUAAUGAAUUAUUUAUUCGUAGAUGUUGGUGUUAGUCAUAUCAGUUAAUCUAUACACACGUGAAAGGAAAUAUAUAGGAGCUGUUAAAUACAUUAAGAUUAAUAGUGAAAUAGUCAUUUGGUCACCUUUGUAAAUGGAUUUUGAAGUGCAGACCAGCACAAUUACUACCAUUUGAUUGGCACUGGAAGCCUUUUGAUGAUUAUUGGUUAUGGUGGGUGAUCAGCACAUCUUGGAGAUUGGUGACAGUUUCCCAGCAACUGCAGGCUACUCACACAAGUUGUUAUGUGAUUGUGGAAUGUAAAGAGGCUUGCAACUGCAGAAUGGCAGAAAUUUCUUAAGAUGCCAAGUGUUGGAUGCUGGUCGGGAAUUCUUAAGAUUUGUAAAGCUUUAGUGAAAUGGUUUUCAUCAUCUUGGAAAGGCUCGUCGACGGAUUCCAGUGCCGGCUCACUAAAGAAACCUCGUAAUCGUAACAUUUUUAGUAACUUCUUGUGCUGUUUUGGAAACACAAAUAACAACAAUACACAGACAACUAAUUGUCAGAUACCUAUCGUGGAAGAAAAUGGAAACCCCAGGAGCCCUGCUGAAAAGUAUCUUCUUCCAGCUGUCCUUAAUAAGGACACAAACAAGAAAUGUGCUGUAAUUGAUCUAGAUGAAACUCUUGUUCAUAGUUCAUUUAAGCCUAUCAGCAAUGCUGAUUUUAUAGUUCCAGUUGAAAUAGAAGGAACAGUUCACCAAGUUUAUGUUUUAAAGAGGCCUUACGUUGAUGAAUUCCUGAAAAAGAUGGGGGAGAUGUUUGAAUGUGUUUUAUUCACUGCUAGUUUAGCUAAGUAUGCUGAUCCUGUUGCAGACUUGUUAGAUAAAUGGGGUGUCUUCAGGUCAAGGUUAUUCAGGGAAUCUUGCGUCUUUCAUCGAGGCAACUAUGUCAAGGACUUGAGUCGACUUGGGCGAGAUUUGGCUCAAGUGAUCAUAAUAGACAAUUCACCAGCUUCUUACAUCUUCCAUCCAGACAAUGCUGUUGGAGUUCAGUCUUGGUUUGAUGACAUGACUGACACAGAGUUACUGGACUUGUUACCUUUCUUCGAAGGAUUAUCAAAAGUGGACAAUGUUUAUCAAGUGCUAAAAAAUCAGAAUCGGCGGAACUCUUCAUGAUACCAGUCUGCAGUAGAGCCCUGGUCAGACUUUCUGCCAACAGAGACUAUAGUGCUAUAUAGACACUGCUACCUUCAGUCUGACUCACUGCGAUCCAGGACAUCGUGACUUGAAUCAAUGUUCAAGAGGUCGUGGGACGUGUGAGGACAGAUGGCCGUUGUUUGACCAUUCGUUUCUGAUGUUUAUGCAAAUGUGACUUCACAAACAGGAAAACAAAAAGGAAAAUAUUUUUAUUUUAUAUUAUUAGUAUAACAUGUACAAAAAGUAUAUUUUUCCUCUUUUUGUAUGUGCAACGAUUUUAUUAACCAUAAUAGAAAGUUGACUAAUUAUGUUGCUUUUUUCUUUGCUAUAACAGUGUUUUGUUUUUUUAAGAAAAUUGUAUGAUUGUAAAUUGUUUUUAAAUAAGUUUUACUGGAAAUUUUUAAAAUCUGUUGCAUCUUUAAAUUUUUAUAAGCAGGUUUUGUUUUAGAAAUACAUGUUUUAAGAAUGCAUUGUGAUUUAAAAGCAUUAUUAUUGAUGAAGCUAGUGUAUAAAUGAUACUCUUUAUCUAUCUAAGGGCUUGUGUUUUACAUGUACAUUUAGUAGUGGGAAAAUAUGUAACUUAUAGAAUUUAAAGCAUUAUGUUUCCAGUGAACACUGUGAUUGUAAUGAAAUAUGAUUUAUCAGUUUUUUGGGGAUUUUUUCAAGAUUAGUAUCAAGAAUUUGCUAUAAAUUUUCAUCAUUGGAUUAUUCGGAAUGAAAUAUGAAAUAUUAGGCAAUUAGAGGCAUUUUAAUGACGCACACCAGUCUGGAAGAUUUUAUGAAGACACAAUCAUCUGUUCAGCAUUUUAUGUCUGUAUCGGAUAUAUGGUUGUGAAACAUGUAUUACAAUUUUUUCUCAAUUUUUUGAUUUGUAGCUAAAUAUCCCAGAAUGAGUAAUAAAUAUAUACAACUGACAUUGUUCUGAAGCACUGAAAAGUAUAUUAACUGGUUCAUGCAUGUUCCUUGGUGCGUCAAGAAAACUUAAUUGGUAUCACUGGAUGAUUACCUUGAUUUGGUCAAGGUUUGAUUAUUCCUUCACGGCACGAAGCAGGAUUUAAUAGAAUGAAGCGAUGAAGUUUUGGUUGAUGAUUUAGUGCCUUAUUCAUUGUAACCCCUCGUGCUGUCAGACACUUUAUACUUCUGAAUGUUAUUAAGGAGUGUAAUCUUCAUUAAGGGAUCAACUAAGUAACGGGCAAAAUUCCAUUUAAUAGUUUUCUAAAAGAACAUCUAUACAGCUGUUGGUGAGAGUUAUUUGCUAUCAUUAUUUUCUCAGGAUUUCCAAAGUGCCCAUAUGAAAAUUCAUGUUUGAUUUUGUGGGUGGAAAUAAAUUAUGUCUUUUAUGAGUCUUAAAACCACUGUUGUAUUUCAAUAUACCAGACUGCAGUUGAAAAAAAUGUAAUUUGUAAAAUGUUUUCAAAAAUGUACGGUGUAUUUUGGUAAUUAUUGGAUUAUUAUUUUUUUUAUGACAAGUUGACUCGGUAGAAGUAUAUUUGUAGAAUGUUUUCCUCGAUUUAGAUUCACAGUAUUCUCCAGGGAUACAUUUCACGCCUAUAAAAGUGCUCUAUACUGAGAAGAUAUUUUAGCUAGAUAUUUUUCUUCUAUCAAUAAGAAGGGGGGAAAAGAAUUUGAAAACAAAUGUGAACACAAUUUUCUCAUGUGACCACUCAAGCAACUUUCAGAGUGCUAGUAAAUAAAUGUGCACAUAAUGAAUAACACUGUGAAAGUGAUGGUGUCAGUUUUUAUCUGUUUAUAGUGGGGGAAAAAAUUCUUUGCCCAGUCCUGGCAGCUAUGAGUGCUUAAAAGUGGUUGAUGGAGUUUUUUCUUUUUUGGAUUGCAUUAUAUAUAGUAGGGAGUGAUGUUCUUGUUUUUCCUAGGAAAACAAAUACAGUGCACCUUUUCUGUUGACGUGCCAGUAAUGUUUUAGGUGUGAAGCUUUGCCAUUUGAAGUUUACCCAACCUUUCUGUGCAGUAAAGGGCAUUUAGAAAAUUUUAUGUAAUUUUUUCAGGUCAGAUGUUUUGCAAAUCUGUGAUAUACUUUAAAGAUCAGUCUUGUUUGUUUUUAUUCUCCUGUUGUCAAUAUGAUAUACCCUUCCUUCUCUUCUUGUUUCAGUUUCUUUUUUUUGGGCACGUAUGCAAGAAUUCAAGUUGUCUUGCAUUAAGCAUUUCCUUUACAGAAGGAAGGGCCGUGUCAUGAAGAGGAGAUAGUUCUAAGUGUUCUGGACAAUAAUGAGAGCGUAAUGGUUGGUGUAUUUGCUAAAGUACAUGUAGCUGCAUAUAGGGUUUUUGUUCACACAUCUUAGAAAUUAGACAGUUUAAGUAUUAGGGUAGGGUUUUCCUGAGCCAAAUUUCUUUGAAAGUUGAUCUUAAAAUAGAUGUCCACUGAUCGCUUUUCAUGCAGUAUUUUGGUACAAAUCUGGACUUGCAAGUUUUUGUCUUAAAUAAUGCUAUUGUGUACUACAAUCUUGUAAACGCCCUCAUUCCCAUCCAGAGGGAAUAUCAUGCUUAACUUCAAUCUUACCUUUGCCCUGCUCUUCCCACCGAUGGUUUGUGAAUUACAUAGUACGAGGGUUCAUUAGUGCUUUGAAGCCAAAUACAAGCAUCCUGCUAUUUUGUAUUUACUAAAUCGUUAUAUAUACAAUAGGUAUAUAGAAAUGUGUUUAUUAUAAUAUUUAUCUACAUUGUAAAUAUGUACAUGUAUGUAUGCGAGUGUUUGAAUAUAUAAUAUAUAUCUUAAAAGUUACUCUAUUUUCUUGUACAUAUAGAAUGUUUCAAUUAAUCUGGUGUAUGUUCUAUCAAAGAGACAUCUCAAUUUUUGUGUACAUUUGCCCAAGUGAUAAACCAUAUUCGGAAACACCUUUUAUUUCUUUUUAAAUUCCAGCUAAUGUUAACUAGAUAAAAGGUUUAUGCAUUUCUGUUUAAUUUACCAAGUUUGAAGAGAUUUUUUUUCUUCAGAAAAAUGUUGGAUUGUAAUGUAUUUCUACACCUUGGUUUCACAUGGCAUGUUCUGAAUUGAAUAGUUAUUUACUUUUUAUUUCCCCACAAUACAUGAAGGUUGCCAAGUGAGCUGAUUUUGUCUGUUCUUGUUUUUACAGCUGUUCAUUUUUCACAUUUUUAGGGCCUGGAGGAGGCCAUAGUAAGGAUUCAAAUUUUCAACAAAGGAUCACAUAUGAACAAUUGAAAUUAUUUUUUUUUUUGAGACAAUACCCAUGAGAGGUCACAGUGGAAUAGAUAGGGAAAACCUUUAAAAAUACACUUCUGAAGAACAACAGACUACAAAAUGUAAAUUUAACAUCAUAAAAUCCUAUGUAGAUUCAGGUCUGGGUAAUCGAGUCCUACACUUUGUGUUUGGCCACGGUCAGGUCUCACAAAUUUUUCCUGUAAAAGGCCAUGUAACCCAGAUGAGUUCGGUGGUUCCUGGGCUUCUACUGUACAUGUAUGAACAAAAAGGUGAAUGAUAUGAAAUAUUUCUAUCUUCGGUAAAGUUUCUCGUUUAGGUGAUUUCUUUUGGGCAAGUGAGACUACCAGUUAAUCCUGAAUGCUUUUACUUGGCUGAUUUUACUGUAUUUCAUUUGUGGACUUUAUGCUAGCACAGUUGUGACUUUUUAUUUAUUUUUUUUACCUGCAAACUAGGACAGAGUUAAAGAUUAUGAAAGUGUUUUAACUUGUAUUAUUGUGAUUUUCAGUUUAUUAAUGGGCACAGUAUUGUAUUUGAAUGGCUCUUAAUCACUGAAUUAUCUUCUCUAAUAUACUCUUAUUGCACACAUCUCUCUGAUUGAAUGUGUUAAUAUUCUUUGUUACCAUGUAUAUAGAAAAAUAAUUUUAGACUUUUAUACUGUACAAUAUAAGUAAACUAACCCUCAGUGGUGUUGGGUCUAGUAUAUCCAAUUGAAUGAAGCAAAAGAAAAUGAAUAAAAUACAUUUACUUUG